AUGGAGCCAAUUCCAAAACUUCUAGUUGGACUCAUCCUGCUGACUUUAUGUGUGGAGGGCUGCUCCAGCCAACACUGGUCCUAUGGGCUGCGCCCCGGAGGAAAGAGAAAUGCUGAAAAUGUGAUCGAGUCUUUCCACGAGAUAGCCAAAGAGGUUGAUCAACUAGCCGAACCCCAGCACUUUGAAUGCACCAUCCACCAUCCACGUUCGCCCCUCCGGGACCUCAAAGGAGCCCUGGAAAGUCUGAUUGAAGAGGAAACUGGACAGAAGAAGAGUUAA